AUGGCCAAAGAAGCUGCUGCGCAAGUCCAACUGGACAAUUUCGGGUCCAUCUUCUCCCUCGAAGGCAAAGUCGCCGUAGUCACUGGCGGCUCGCGUGGUCUUGGUUUGCACGUCGCGAGUGGCUUUCUUCAGGCUGGUUGCUCCAAAGUUUACAUCUCAUCGCGUAAGGCAUCCGCAUGCGACGAAGCCGUGGCCGCUCUCAAUGCUCUUCCCAACAAACGGCCUGGCGCUCAAGCCAUCUCGGUGGCGGCCGAUGGCUCCAAAAUAUCCGAGUUGGAUAGGCUGGUGGCCGAGGUGAAGAAGACGACAGACCACGUGGAUAUUCUGUUUGCUAACGCCGGUGCAACUUGGGGCGCACCGUUUGAUGAGUAUCCGGAACAAUCCUUCAGCAAGGUGAUGGAUCUAAACGCCAAGGGGGUGUUUUACACGGUUCAGAAGUUUACCCCACUCUUAGAAGCAAAGGCCACAGUCGAAGACCCAUCCCGAGUCAUUAUAACUGCAUCUGUGGCUGGAAUCGGCAUUGGGACCACUGGCAAGAAUGGUACCUACGCCUACUCUGCCUCGAAAGCAGCAGCCAUCAGUCUGUCUAAGACUCUUGCCGUUGAGCUCGGCCCCCGCCAUAUUCUCACAAAUGCAGUGGCUCCAGGCUUCUAUCCAUCAAAGAUGGCCAAUGGUCUGAUAGAGAUGCAGGGUGGUGCACAGGCUUUGGCAAACCAGUCUCCCAAUGGACGAGUCGGCCACCCAGAAGAUAUUGCCGGGUUGGUGGUUUUUCUGUCUAGUAGAGCUGCAAUUCAUAUAAACGGAGCUAUCAUUCCAUCGGAUGGAGGAAGACUUCUGGCUGGGGGAAAAUUGUAA